UUCGCGUAGCAUAGUCUUAGUCUAGUUUGCCCAUUGGCUUUAUGGAAAAAAAUACUAAAGGGAAAAAUGUUCAAAACUCGGUCAUCAUGGUUGAGACCUUCGAAAGCCUAUCAACGUCAACCGGAGGCCCACGAUCAAUUGCCCUUCCUAUCGCGUACGCGGUUUAGUGCUUUGCCGCAUUUUCGAGCGACAAAGCCCCACGAUUCAGACGAAAAUUUAUCUUUGUUCGUUGCCAUUUUAUAUGUCAUUGAUAUGUUUGGAGUGCUUCCCUUUGUUACACUUCCGGCGUUGCUGGUGCAGUUGGGGUUUUUCGGUAUACCAUUGGUCAUAUCCGUGGUGGUUUUGCAAAUCUACACCUCAUUCUUACUAAGCGAAUGUUGGACAAUGGCCGAAUCACUAGACUCUUCCAUAGUACAUAAGAGCAGGUAUCCCUAUGUGGCCAUCGCCAACAUGGCCUAUGGGCGAUAUUGUGGAUUUUUCGUCACUAUUCUCCUCAAUUUGAGCAUUUUCGCAGUUGGCAUUCCCAAUGUGGUAAUGGCAGCCCAGAAUCUAGAGUUGGUUGGAGAUCGUAUAACCGAUGGCGAAUUUAAAUUUUCCUUUUGCUAUUGGACCAUUAUUGUGGGUGUGUUCAUGAGCCCAUUGGUCUGGUUGGGGAGUCCGAAACGCAUGAGAGGAUUGGCUAUAUUCUCAGUUUGUGUCAUGAUUGUCAUUGUGAUUCUGUUAUGGUUUUGCCUUUUUACAGUCUCUCCAAUGGGUAAACGCUUCGAGGAUGUCAGUUUAGAACUUCCCCCAUUCUUGACCAUUUUAAGCGGCUAUAGUAUUUUGGCUUUUCAAUUUGAUAUCCAUCCAAUGCUGUUAACUCUACAAAUCGAUAUGCAACAGAAACAUCAAGUGGCCUGGGCAGCGUUCAGCGGAAUUACAAUUACCUGUACUAUGGCAAUUGUCGGGUCCGUUAUUGCGGCCUACAAAUUUGGAACAAUGAUUGCAGAGAAUGUUUUGGAAACUUUACCCAGCAGUAUUCCACUUUAUAUUCUAUUGAUAUUGAUGGCAUUGCAGUUAUGCUUCUCGACAACGGCGGCGAGUUCAGCUCUGUAUUUACAAAUUGAAAACUACUUCCAAAUAUCAGAGGAUUUUUCAGUGAAACGUGUAUUGAUACGAACUACAGUGGUUGCCUUACAAGUUGGUAUUUCCGAAUUUUUACCAAGCUUUGAUGCUUUAAUGGAUAUUGUAGGUGGGACCAUAACUGGACCUUUGGUCUUCAUUCUGCCGCCAUUGUUGUAUAGACGGAUGGUGCAUUUGGAACGCUAUCACCAGCGUAUUGCCACAGAAGCAGCCUAUGGAAGUUUGCCUUUGGAUUUGAACUAUCAGCCGGUGGAGGGACCGCCACCCAAUCUAGAUCGGAGUACACGUUUGACAUUGGCCGCCAUGGUGGAGAUCUGUUGGUUGCGAACUGUGUAUGCAUUUAAUCGCCUGCAAUGCGAUUUAUCCUUGUCCAUGGGGGUUCUAAUCUUUGGCAUAUUGGCCACAUUCUUUUCGACGUAUUUGAAUUUGUUCCAGUUGACCGAAUUAUUCCAAAAUAAUUCACCUUGUUUUGGCAAUUUGACGAGUAGAAAUUAAAACUAAAUUAGUGUGACAUAAUUAAUAAAAGUACGAAACAUCUUCUAUGACUUCAUGAAUAAACUGCCCGAACGAUUCAGUUAAAUGUAGAGUAAA